GGCUCUCCCACAGGAGCCGCCGGCGAGGGGGCAAAGAGGAAGCUUUAUUGAAGCCGGAGAGAAGUUGAAAUUACAGACAUCCUGCCAAAAUGAUUUCUUCAAAGCCCAGACUUGUUGUACCCUAUGGCCUCAAGACUCUGCUUGAGGGAGUUAGCAGAGCCAUUCUCAAAACCAAUCCGACAAACAUCACCCAGUUUGCAGCAGUUUAUUUUAAAGAACUCAUUGUGUUUAGAGAAGGGAAUUCAUCUCUGGAUAUAAAAGAUCUGAUUAAACAGUUUCAUCAGACGAAAGUAGAGAAAUGGGCAGAAGGAGCGACAUUGGAGAAGAAAGAAUGUGUAAAGGAAUCGGGAAGAACACCUCCAGUUUCCUGCGAACCUGCACGGCUGGAAAAAUCCACAGACACGGAGGAGGACAAUGUAGCUGGACCACUAUUUAGCAAUAAAACCACCCAGUUUCCGUCAGUCCAUGCUGAACUCCAGCCUGAGGAGACAUGUGAAGGAGUCUGGGGUCCUUCUUCCAAACCAACCACACCGAAGACUACCACUCCACCCACAUCACCACCUCCAGCACCUGUCUCUGCAGAGUAUGCCUAUGUCCCGGCUGACCCAGCUCAGUUUGCUGCUCAGAUGUUAGCACUAGCAACAAGCGAAGCAGGACAACCACCACCAUAUUCUAAUAUGUGGACACUUUAUUGUCUAACUGAUAUGAAUCAACAAAGUCGCCCAUCACCGCCACCUGCACUUGGGCCUUUUCCCCAAGCAACCCUCUAUUUACCUAAUCCUAAGGAUCCACCACAGUUUCUGCAGAAUCCACCGAAAGUCACUUCUCCAACCUAUGUGAUGAUGGAUGACAGCAAGAAGACCAGUGCCCCACCUUUUAUUUUAGUAGGCUCAAAUGUUCAGGAAGCACAGGAUUGGAAACCUCUUCCUGGACAUACUGUGGUGUCACAGUCAGAGGCCUUGAAGAGAUAUGCUGCAGUACAAGUGCCCAUUGCUGUUCCUGCAGAUCAGACAUUCCAGAGACCUGCCCCCAACCCCCAGAAUGCCAGUCCUCCUACAAGUGGACAAGAUGGCCCCAGACCGAAAAGCCCAGUCUUUCUUUCUGUUGCUUUCCCAGUAGAAGAUGUAGCUAAAAAGAGUUCAGGAUCUGGUGACAAACGUACUCCCUUUGGAAGUUACGGUAUUGCUGGCGAAAUUACUGUGACUACUGCCCAUGUCCGCAGAGCAGAACCUUAAGAGUAGGUAACCCUUCCUACCUUGAUGUGUGGGCCUUAACACAGCUGAGCCAUCAGCACUUAGAGGCUGGGAUAGUUAAACACUUGGUAAUAAUGGGGUAUCCUUCAGUUUAUAUGCUUGGCUCCCAACUGCAAAGCUGCUAAUGAAUGUCCAGCCAUCUCUGAGUAUAUGGCAGAUUCUAAGAAUAGAAUUUGAAUUUUUCUUUAAAGUGAGGAUAAUCAAAUUUUAACAAACAGGAACAGAGAUAGGAUACUAACUAUAUGUCCAUGUAACAGGUUAAAUUCAAUUAGGCUUAAUUGGGAUUUUAAGACAAUUUUAUCACUCAGUUUUUUUUUUAUUCAAUUGGGCUUAAUGUCAAGCUUUUCCCUUCAGUGUGGACAGUGUGGUGAGUCCAGGUCUGUAGCUGAAGAAAGCUACAGAUUCUGAACUAAGUUAAGCAUUGUGAUGCUGGGGGUUGGGAGGGGGUGGUAUUUCAGUUGUGUAGCCAUGACCUGACUCAUGACAACCUUGUAGUAUCAAGAGGGUGGCCUCGGCAGGAACUGCUAGGAUAGUUUUGAUUAGCAGGAAUGUAGAUCAGAUUUUACUCAUUCCAUGAUAUUUAAACAGUUCAAUGUCUCUUCAUUAACAGAUACUGAAAAUGAUGCUGUCUGAGUCAGCAUUCAAGGUGGAGUCUGUCACCACGUGAACUGUAUCAAUAAACUUCCU